AUGCUGGCCACUACUCUUGUCGUUCCCGACCCGGCCGGCACUGGGCUCGUAGAGGCAGCCCCGGACGCCCCUCCACACCUUCUCGACAAUCUCGCGCCGGGGCAGCAGCUUGGGGAACACGACGACCACGUCCUCCUCGCCCUCCACGACGACGACGAGGUAGUACCGCACCUCGAAGCCGCGGAAGGCCUCGUUGAUGAGCACGUCGCGGAUCUUGGCCGUCGGUAUGAAGCGCACCUUGCUCACGCCGCCGCCGCCGCUGGCCCCCGAGGCGUCCCGGUCCCCGAGCCAGGGCAGCCGCGAGCACGACCAGGGCCAGUUCCAGCGCCAGGGCAGGAGCAGCGGGGCGAGGCUGUACGUCGCGGCCGACGAGCCGGUCUGGAUGCCCAGGCCGCGCAGGACGAGCAGCGACUCGGUCGUGUGCGCGCGGCGCAAGGCGGCGAGCAGCAUGCCCAGGGCCGCGGGCGCCAGCGCCCAGGCCGGCAGGACGGCGGCGGCGCGGGCC